CACGCGGGACGAACGGAUAAAUAACGAAUCUCUUGCCAGUAUUUUGCUAGUUUCACGAGAGACUGGUCAUGUGGUGCUUAAAGUACAAAAACUCAGGCGGUAUUACUGGUUUCAGACGAUAACUUUCUAGUUCAUUUGAAUUUAAAGAAUGUCAAACCAUCAAGAUUCGCCCGGUGAGAAUCGUGACAAGUUUAGGUUCGCUAUCGAUCGAGGUGGGACCUUUACAGACGUUUACUCAGAAUGUCCCAACGGAGAAGUAAGAGUGAUGAAGCUACUGUCAGUGGAUCCUGCAUAUCCUGAUGCACCAAGAGAGGGAAUAAGACGAAUUUUAGAGCAGGUAACAGGGGUUAAGAUGCCUGCAGAUCAGCCAAUUGAUCCAAAGUACAUUGAAUGGAUCAGGAUGGGGACCACGGUGGCUACAAAUGCUCUGUUAGAACGAAAGGGAGAGAGAAUGGCACUUGUUAUUACUGAAGGAUUCCAUGAUUUAUUACAUAUUGGCAACCAGACGAGACCAAAUAUAUUUGAUUUGAAAGUUAUAUGUCCAGAGGUACUGCACGAAGAUGUUAUUGUUGUGAAAGGUAGACUGGUUUUAGUACAAGAAGACAGUGAAAUUGAAAGACCACAAAACUGUAAAAUUGUAUCCGGAAGCACUGGGCAAAAGCUUGAAGAGUGGGAACCUUUGGACAAAGACAAGCUUAGGAAAGACCUACAGAGAGUCCUUGAUGAGGGAAUCAAGAGUUUAGCUGUUGUACUCAUGCACUCUUACAUGUAUGAUGUACAUGAGAAAGAAGUUGGUGAAAUUGCUCUAGGGAUGGGUUUUGAUCAGGUGUCACUGUCUUCAACAAUAAUGCCUAUGGUUAGGAUUGUACCCCGAGGUUACACAGCUUCUGCUGAUGCUUAUUUGACCCCUUGUAUAAAGAAAUAUAUCAGAGGAUUUACAGCUGGCUUUCAAGAUGGUAUCCAGGACAAAGUGUUGUUUAUGCAGUCUGAUGGUGGCUUGACUCCUGUGUCAAAGUUUUAUGGAUCAAGAGCCAUUUUGUCAGGACCUGCAGGUGGUGUGGUUGGUUAUGCAAUGACAACUUUUCACAGAGAGACAGAGCAACCAGUAAUUGGAUUUGAUAUGGGAGGAACAUCAACAGAUGUGUCUCGAUUCGCUGGUCAAUAUGAACAUGUGUUUGAGACAACAACAGCAGGCAUCACUAUACAGGCACCACAGCUGGACAUCAACACUGUAGCAGCAGGAGGUGGAUCCCGCCUGUUUUUUAGGGCAGGGCUGUUUGUUGUCGGACCUGAGUCAGCUAGUGCCCAUCCAGGACCUGUUUGUUACCGAAAAGGUGGUCCACUUGCUGUAACAGAUGCAAACCUAGUGCUUGGCAGGAUUCUACCUGAAUUUUUUCCAAAGAUUUUCGGAAAAAACGAAGACUUGCCAUUGGACUUCGAAGGUUCUUGGGCAGCUUUUAAGAAGUUAACAGAAGAGGUAAAUGAAUUUCUGGCCUCUCAGGAGGACGGCGCAAAGAAGGAUCCUUUGACGGUGGAACAGGUUGCCAUGGGGUUCAUUACAGUUGCCAACGAGACCAUGUGUCGACCAAUCAGAGCGCUUACUGAGGCCAGAGGCCAUGACACUUCACGUCAUGUUUUGGCGUGUUUUGGUGGGGCCGGCGGUCAGCAUGCUUGCUCCAUCGCACGGUCCCUAGGAAUGGCAUCUGUGUUCAUUCACCGAUUUGGUGGUAUCCUAUCCGCGUACGGACUGGCACUAGCUGAUGUGGUACACGAGGCGCAAGAACCGUGUGCACGUGAAUAUGAUAAAGAGUCGUUUGGAUAUUUGGAUGAAAGAAUUGACUUUUUGACGCAGAAGUGUGUCGAGGAACUGAAAAGCCAAGGAUUUGAAGAGAAGCAGAUUUCCACAGAAGCAUUCCUUCACAUGCGGUACAGUGGUACAGACUGUGCUCUUAUGUGUUCUGCUGGUCCUCAGAAAGACACAAAGGAAGGAGAAACUUGUCGCCAUGGUGAUUUUGGACAAGCGUUUAACGAACGAUACGUUCGAGAAUUUGGUUUCACGAUACCUAACAGACAGAUCCUUAUUGAUGAUAUCAGAGUGAGGGGGACUGGACACUCAAAGACCUCCGUUUCACAUGAGAUACCAAAAGCGAGCACCCCUCCCCUGGUGAAAAAGACAACAAAGUGUUACUUUGAAGAUGGUUUUCAUGACACGAAUGUAUACCUCCUCGGAGAGUUGUCCGCCGGUCACACAAUAGAUGGACCGGCCAUUAUUGUGGACAAGACCAGUACCGUUCUUGUUGAACCACAAUGCAAAGCGUCCAUCACUUCAUCAGGAGACAUCAGGAUUGAGAUCGGAGGAAAUCAAGGCAAAAAGAGCAUCGGAACAGAAUUAGAUGCGAUUCAGCUUUCAAUAUUUUCUCAUCGUUUCAUGAGUACAGCUGAGCAGAUGGGCCGGGUUCUUCAGCGCACAUCAAUUUCAACUAACAUCAAGGAGCGACUCGACUUUUCCUGUGCUAUGUUUGGACCAGAUGGAGGCUUGGUUGCCAAUGCCCCACACAUCCCAGUUCAUCUUGGUUCCAUGCAGGAAACUGUGCAAUAUCAGAUUCGCACUUUGGGAGAUGAGCUAAAGGAGGGUGACGUUUUACUUAGUAACCACCCGAGCGCGGGGGGAACACAUCUUCCAGAUCUAACCGUCAUCACGCCGGUUUUUUAUCCUGGCCAAUCAAAGCCCGUUUUCUUUGUCGCGAGCCGUGGCCAUCAUGCGGAUAUCGGAGGCUCUGCACCAGGAUCCAUGCCACCCGAUUCUCACUCCAUAUUUGAAGAAGGAGCCGUUUUCAAAUCAUUUAGAUUAGUUAACGGAGGUGUCUUUCAAGAAGAAGCACUGAUUGAAAAGCUAAUGGAGCCAAGCAAGUAUCCCGGAUGUAGUGGAACGCGCAAUCUCCAUGACAACCUGUCCGACCUUAAGGCCCAGGUGGCAGCUAAUCAUAAGGGAAUCAAACUUAUAAGUAGCUUGAUUCAAGAAUACAGUCUGCCGGUGGUGCAGGCUUACAUGAAGUAUAUCCAGCAUAAUGCUGAAGUUGCUGUUCGAGAAAUGCUGAAAGACAUUGCUGUGAAAACUAAGGAACGCACUGGAAAGACAGUACUAUCCGCCGAAGAUCACAUGGAUGACGGCUCACGCAUCAAACUAACAAUUUCCAUCGAUGAGAAAGAGGGUAGCGCAGUGUUCGACUUCACAGGAACUGGGCCAGAGAUGUACGGCAACUGUAAUGCACCUCGCGCCAUCACCUUCUCUGCCAUCAUUUACUGCCUACGGUGUAUGGUCAAACACUCCAUACCGCUGAACCAGGGUUGUUUAGCCCCAGUAAAAGUGAUUAUUCCGCCUGCUAGCGUUCUGGAUCCAACAGACACUGCGGCAGUUGUUGGUGGGAACGUACUGACAAGUCAGCGAAUUGUUGACGUGGUGCUGAAAGCCUUUGAAGUGUGCGCUGCGUCACAGGGCUGUAUGAAUAACACGACCUUUGGUGACGAGGGAUGCGGCUACUACGAGACAAUCUGUGGAGGAUCUGGUGCGGGUCCCACAUGGGACGGACGCAGUGGAGUUCAUGUCCACAUGACAAACACAAGAAUCACAGAUCCAGAGAUCAUCGAAAGAAGGUUUCCAGUGAUUCUUCGCCGUUUUCAUCUCAACCCCGGUACUGGUGGGAGUGGUUUUCACAGGGGGGGUGACGGUGUUAUACGCGAGCUGCUGUUCAGGAAGGAGCAGGUUCUCUCUCUUCUCGGUGAAAGGAGAGCGUUUAGACCGUAUGGACUGAAAGGCGGUGAACCGGGCAGUCCAGGUUUAAGCCUGUUAUUGAAGUCAGAUGGUCGAACAAUAAAUCUCGGAGGUAAAGCAUCGGUCAAAAUGAAACCUGGGGACUGUUAUCGUGUCGAAACUCCUGGCGGUGGUGGUUACGGAGCACCAAUAGGAAGUCUGGGACAGGAAAAUGACGUGGGUGAUCCCCCGUCAAGAAGUGACAAGGAAAAACCUCAACAUUUUGCAGCCUGUGGGAGUCUGCACAACUACAAGAUGAUGCAAGAGUCGGCCUAAGUAUAUAGACGCCAUUUAGCAUUGAACUGCUAAUCAAACAAUUCUUCAACGCUCGCUUAAUUCUUUCAUCUCACUGAAAAGAGGACGCAGAUUUAAAGUGAAAUUUCAUGAUUAUCACAAUUUAUACAGAAGUACAACAUCAAAGCGGGAAAGAUACAAUUUUUUUUUCCCCAAGCCUAGGUUGCCAACUUUAACGGGGUAAGUAGAAGGUCCGGAGAAUGAGGAGGAACGUCGGGUGGGUGGAUUGAAAACAAAAUCGUUUUUUUUCCGGGAAAUAAACUUCGUUCCCAGGGCCUUCUCUGUUCUUAAAAUAGAGAUGGGUCAGACGCAACCCAGAAGCUCUAGGGACGAGUUUAAUGCGCAGUGUCUGUAGUGUUACGUCAUCAUCAACUGAUUUGGAAUUUCCUUGGGAGAUCUGACAACUGUUCAGUUAUUGGAAAGAAUUUGAUUGAGCUGGGCAAAGAAUUUGAUCCGAUAGAGGGGAAGAACUUACAGCUUUUUAGCUUUCGUCUAGGGGAUUGCUCAUUUUAGCGGUCAUUAUAAAGUGCAGGUGGGUAGCUUUUAGCAAUUUAGAAAGGAAGAAUGGUAAUAAUGAUGAACUGAAAUUUUAAAAAACGAUAAUUUAUUGCAAAACUCACAUCGCUUAAGUAGGGGUGUGUGGAGGCGGGGUUGAUUAGUUUUAAGCUAUCCAUUGUUCAAAAAUUGUUUGCAUGGCUAUCAUAAAAAAGUUCAUUUCAGAUAAAAAAGGUUAGAUUUAAAUUAAAACAGAGAGCAGUUAUCAUCAGCCGGAAAAACUGAAAAAAGAGUUAAAUAAAUAACAGAAAUGAAUUGAUUUAAAACGUUUUUUAUAAUUC